GCCGCGCCGCCGGAGCUGCGCGAACAUGGCCGAAGUCGGCGAGGACAGCGGCGCCCGCGCCCUCCUGGCGCUGCGCUCUGCGCCCUGCAGCCCCGCGCGGUGCGCCGCCGCCCGUCCCGCCACGUCCCCGCCACCGCCACCGCCGCCGCCGCCGGGGCCCGCAGCGUCCCCGCCGCCGCCUGCCCAGCCCCCGCCCGCGCCCCCCGGGCCGCCGCCUCCACCGCCCGGGACUCAGGGCGCGAUCGCGGGCGCGCCGCCCGCCCUGGUGGCUGCCGCGGCCGCCUCGGUGAGGCAGAGCCCCGGGCCGGCGCUGGCGCGUCUGGAGGGCCGCGAGUUCGAGUUCCUCAUGCGGCAGCCCAGCGUCACCAUCGGUCGCAACUCGUCUCAGGGCUCGGUGGACCUGAGCAUGGGCCUGUCCAGCUUCAUCUCGCGGCGCCACCUGCAGCUGAGCUUCCAGGAGCCGCACUUCUACCUGCGCUGUCUCGGCAAGAACGGCGUCUUCGUGGACGGAGCCUUCCAGAGGCGCGGUGCCCCCGCCCUGCAGCUGCCCCCCCAGUGUACCUUCCGCUUUCCCAGCACAGCCAUCAAGAUCCAGUUCACAUCUCUAUACCACAAAGAAGAGGCUCCAGCAUCUCCCCUCCGGCCGCUCUACCCCCAGAUCUCCCCACUGAAGAUACACAUUCCGGAGCCGGAUCUCCGGAGCCUGGUCAGCCCCAUCCCCUCCCCGACUGGCACCAUCAGUGUCCCCAAUUCUUGCCCAGCCAGUCCACGUGGAGCUGGGUCCUCUGGCUACCGCUACGUGCAGAAUGUGACCUCAGACCUGCAGCUGGCUGCGGAGUUUGCAGCGAAGGCUGCCUCGGAGCAGCAGGCAGACACGUCCGGUGGGGACAGCCCCAAGGACGAGUCGAAGCCACCAUACUCCUAUGCCCAGCUGAUUGUGCAGGCCAUAUCCUCGGCCCCAGAUAGGCAGCUAACACUAAGUGGCAUCUACGCGCACAUCACCAAACAUUACCCCUACUACAGGACGGCCGACAAGGGCUGGCAGAACUCCAUCCGACACAACCUCUCUCUAAACCGUUACUUCAUCAAAGUCCCGCGGUCCCAGGAGGAGCCUGGCAAGGGCUCUUUCUGGCGGAUAGACCCAGCCUCUGAGGCCAAACUGGUGGAACAGGCCUUCCGAAAACGGAGACAGCGGGGCGUCUCCUGCUUCCGCACCCCCUUUGGGCCUCUGUCCUCACGGAGUGCUCCAGCCUCACCCACUCACCCUGGCCUGAUGUCCCCUCGCUCCAGUGGCCUGCAGACUCCAGAGUGCCUGUCUCGGGAGGGCUCCCCCAUUCCACAUGACCCUGAGCUGGGCUCGAAGUUAGCCUCCGUCCCAGAGUACCGAUAUUCCCAAAGCGCACCUGGAUCCCCUGUCAGUGCCCAGCCAGUGAUCAUGGCCGUGCCUCCCCGACCGUCCAACCUAGUGGCCAAGCCUGUCGCCUACAUGCCAGCCUCCAUAGUGACCUCACAGCAGCCCUCAGGCCACGCCAUCCACGUUGUGCAGCAGGCCCCCACUGUCACCAUGGUCCGGGUGGUCACCACCUCCGCCAAUUCGGCCAAUGGCUACAUCCUUGCCAGCCAGGGCUCAGCAGGGAACUCACAUGACACUGCGGGCACAGCCGUGUUAGACUUGGGCAGUGAAGCCAGAGGCUUGGAGGAAAAGCCCACCAUUGCCUUUGCCACAAUUCCUGCAGCCAGCCGAGUCAUCCAGACAGUGGCCAGCCAGAUGGCCCCUGGGGUCCCUGGACACACCGUCACCAUCCUACAGCCAGCCACACCAGUAACCAUCGGGCAGCACCAUCUCCCUGUCCGGGCCGUCACUCAGAAUGGAAAGCAUGCGGUUCCCACAAACAGUUUAGCCACCAAUGCUUACGCCCUCACCAGCCCGCUACAGCUCCUUGCAGCCCAGGCGAGUUCGUCCACGCCAGUGGUGGUCACUCGGGUAUGUGAGGUGGGACCUGAGGAGCCAGCAGCAGUGGUCACAGCAGCCACCAGUGCCACUCCAACCGUGGCCACCUCUACUGCCACCUCAGCCUCUUCCAGUGGGGAGCCCGAAGUCAAACGGUCCCGGGUAGAAGAGCCUGGUGGGACAGCGACCACACAGGCCGGGGCGAUGGCAGCUGCCGGCCCCCAGGGCCCAGGCACGGGGGAGUGAAGUUACCCGUAUGCAUGCACAAGGGUGGAGUGGGACUCACACCACAGGAGCCCAAGUGGAGCAGACAGCUGCACCCGGACAAACGGGCGGGAAAUCCUGUAACUGCCCACUCCUCGGCCGCCACACCAGAACACUCGUCCUGUCCAUUUAUCUCCUGUCCUCCCAAGGUUUAAAGCAAAAACACAUAAACAAAUUCAGACAACUGAUUGUAUGAUUCUGGGGAUUUUGAGUGUUUAUUUCCUUCUCCUGCACCAUCAUCCCUCCAUGGCCCUUUGGUCAAGGGUAUGGAAGAAGAUCAAGCCCCAGCACCUCAGGAACCCAGCAAGAUGCCCACCUGUGACAAGAAGCACUGCACCCCACGUCCUGGCUUCAGAGCUUUGCCAAGGCAGCAGCCUGUGACCCUGGGUAAACCAACAGAAAUGCAGCUGUAUACAGACCGAGGCCUCUUCUGUGGGAGACGGAACAGGAACAAAUUCCUAUUCUAAAUCGGGAAUAGGUCAGAGAAAGACAGGAACUGCCAAACUGCAAGUUGUUUUUAGGUGUCUUUUUUUCCCCCAAAAUGGCAGAGAAAAUAUUGGCAUUAAUUGGGGUGGGGUGGGGGAGUGUCUGGUUUGGCUUUGAAACCCAAGUGGUUCUUGCUGUGUUAAAACAUAGCAUAUAGGCCUAUCCUAGAUUGGAGCCAAAAAUCCAUGGGCCUGUUGGAUAACUUCAAGAAGGAUCAGUGGCUCCCACAUUAGCAUCAAAUGAAAGUGCUGUGGGUGGAGGGGCCACAUCACAGGCCCAGAAAAUAUGGCAGCUGGUGCUUGGGGCAGGAGCCGGUCACCUGCUUGGCAGGGAGGACGUUCAUGUGCCCAUCACUGGAAGGCAGUGGAGGGGCAGGCCCCAAGCCUGGCAGCACCAAUGUCCUGAUGCUCAUGGGCCAGUGGGACACAAUCUGCUCACAUUCUUUCCAGCCACAUUCAAGUUUCUUAACCACCUCAGAUUCACCUACUGUUUGAAAUUGGAACUGUUUCUUCUGCCUCAGGCUUGGGGCCUUGAGUCAGCAGGAAGGAAACCCUCCUCAGGGAGCAGCGGGAAGCCCUGUGCCAAUGUCACUGGCGUGAUUGCAAUGUGGUGAGAACCAAAGGACAGGAUGUAUCAAGGGCCCCAGGUCCCUUAGGGAAGCCCAUCUGUGCCUCCUGACCAACAGCUUGCUUUGAGCCCAACACAGGAGGGGUUGGAAUGGGAGCCUCUUGUCCUGGCUCCUCCUCAAGGAUACUUUCAGGAAACAUUGCCACAUCUGCUUAGAAGUUGGCCUCCAGGCAGCUGGUCCCUCUUUGUGGCUUCUGGAGGUGGCUCACUCCAGGAACAAAGGCAUAGUGGACACAAAGCUCCUGAAGGCACACCUACCUUUGGCAUCACAGCCUCUCACCAGCAGACAGCUUCCCCUGCCCUGGGUCUGAUGGAAAAGCCUCACAGAGAUUGAGUCCUGGGCAGCACCGAGGAGUGGUAGCCUGUUCACGAGAGCCAGGAGCUGGCAGGACACGCGCCACUUUAAUGGAGGGUAUGGCUUUCAUGGUGACUCCAAGGUAGGGCCGGAAGGCAGGCCGCAGCAGAGCUGGGAUAGGACCAGUGAGCAGUGGGACAGCCCUGAGCUGUAUCUGCUGGCACUUCUGCCUCACUGGGGAAAAUCCCUCUCCCAUUGCUUUUUAAAACCCCACCCCCCAAACCCAUUUCUAUGGCACUAAACUUGAAUGGGAAAUAAGCUCUGUUCUGAAGUUGGCAUCUGUGGGCCAUGGUGGAGUUUCAGAGAAUUGGGGGUGGGUGUCAGUAGCUGACUGUGCCCUCACCAGAUGGUGCCAUGGAGUAGUGGCUCUUUACACCAACAAUUUCCAUCAUUCCCCUUGUGUAAACGCUGUCUCUUGUGUGGUUGGAGUGUGUGUGGGUCAGGGUGAGUGGGUCUGAGGAAUUGUGUAAGAUGGGACAUUAUGGUCUCUUGUUUCUUUCCCUUCCUUGGACCUCUUCUGUGCCCAGGAUGCAGAGUCCCAUCAGUCUGGCUCCAACCGCUUUGCUGUCCUGGCAUCUGGGACAUUCUGGCCGCUGUCCUCUGUUGGUGAUGUUGGUCGUGGUACCAGGGGAAGAGAUGGGGAAGGAGUUGGGGAGGAUGCAGACAGGCCCAACUAGGGAGAGGGAUGAAGGGAGGACCUUCUGGUUUAGGGCAGACAGUUGGGGGCAGAGGCUCUUGCUUGGGAGGACUUCUCUGGAGAUGUAGGAUGAGUGUUUUGAGGGUCUCUGGUCGCCCACCAGGCAGCACACCUGGCUUGUGUUGGAACUCACUCUGGAGCCGAAAGCUUUAACUCCUGGUCAGAGGGCUCCCUGGUAUGUGCCGAGCCUCCACAGGGCCAGAACCCAGGUAGGUUCUAGGAGAGCUGACACCAGGCUCAGGAUGCCCAUGACCCUCCACAGGCAAGGACCCUAGCAGCCCUCCUCGUAGCUGAGGGAGAACUGGCCAGCCAUGGUUCUGGUACAGGGCCAGCAUCACUGUGGCUGUGAAUCCCGAGGACCUGCUGGGUCACUCAGGGUCCCUGGCACUGCAUGGCCUGAGGUGGAGAGGAAACCAGGGCGGGCACCACCACCACAGCUCAUCUAAUGGGCUAUAGAUGAAGACUGGUGUCCACUGUCCUCCAGUGCUCUCUGCUCUGCCAUCACCACACUUACAGAUGCAGAACAGCGUCUGUGGCAGAAGUCACCAUUUUUAAAUGGUUGGGUGCAUCCCACCAAGAUCAGCUAUGUAGUGUAGAUAUGAGCAGGGCUCCCUGCCACUGCGGCACUGACCACAGCCGAGGGAGCACAGGGAUGCCCCGGGCACUGGCCCAGUGUCCGGAGGAGAGCAUGCAGCUUCACUGUGUCGGCACCUUGCCUCCUGGGUGAAGUUCCAGCUUGCUGCCUUGUGUGGGGAGUCUGUAGCCCCCACUUUUGAGGAACUCCAAUAUGCUCUUCUCCUUCCCAAAUCCUCAGAAGUGAUGCAGUACAAGGCCUCCCUGUAGUCAGGACCAUGCUGCCAGCCUCCAGGACAUUGGUUUGUCCCAGGAUCCUCCCUAAGAGGUUCCCAUGUUCCCUGUGGAAAGUAUCUGGGGCCAGCACUGGGAAGUGGGGGUUGAGACCACACAGUCUUCAGCCUCCUUCCUGAGGCCUGGUUUGACCCUUCCAGAGAGCCGUCUAUUUGUCCUUUUUGUUAGGUGGAAAUGAACUGCUCCUUUGCUCGGAUCGGUGUUGCAUGAUCCCAGGUCAUGUUUUUUUUUUGUGUCUCUCAUUGAGAGCAGAUGGGCUUUACCUGGGCUGGGAUGGGUGUUUCCCUGCCCUCCACACCACCCGUUCCCUUGAAGGACGAAGCUGAGAUGAGAUGAGACCUUGGUACCUGCACCUGGGCUCUUUCCUGCCCUUAGCAGGCCUGGUGACAGCUUGCUUUGAGAUCACAGGUGUCACUCAGCUAUCAUUUGUCUUUCCAAUGAAACGGGGGGCCUCCAGGGACCUUCUGUAUGAGUGGGGACUCUCCAGAGAGCCUGGGGCGGGUCCUGGUAGGUAGAAAGUUAUACUCGGGGUGACUCAGUGUAGGAGGAGGAAGAGAAAGCUGCCCUCGAGCUUCUGAGCUGGUGUCCUCCUUCCUGAAGACAGUGAACAGACCUCACUGGAAACACAAGAACUUGGCUGAAUGUGAGAGAAUGUUAGAAGAGAAAGCAUUUCCCCAUAGCUUUUAGAGACUAGAAACAAAUACAGUUCGUGGGAGGGGACACUGCCUUUCUUCAAAAGCCUCAAAUUCCACUUUGCCCUCAAGUGGCUUCAUGUGCUCUGAGGGACGCGGCCAUCCCUGGGGCGGGUGCCCUUGGCUGUCCUGCACACCUGCACCGGGACAGUGUUCCCAUGCUGUGCACAGCACUUGCUCCAGAGUGAGUGUGCAAAGUGGCUGUAAGGCUGUCUUAGUGGGAAGAGCCUCGUGAGCUCAGGAGAGUCCCCACCACGGGCUGCUGGCUUCAGAUGGGAAUGUGUUCGCUGCAGCCUGGUCUCUGGCCUCCUCUAGAAUACCUCUGCCUAGAAGCAAUAUUAUUUAAUACGAAUAAUAAGGAUUGUUCAAAUUGCUGCUAUGAAGAUAGAGUCCUCGGACUUAGCUCUGGAGGUUUCCCUUCACGUGCUUUGGUUCUUUGAGGUGAAGGCAGAAUGUAGAAUAUAACAGGUCCCCUGCCAGUUUCUGGCUUCACUUUCCACAGUGCACUCCUGUCCUCUGCAGCUCCCUUCUACUUCACAAGUUCUUUCUCGGUCUCGUUUUUCACACUGGGGUUUCCUGAGUGUGCAGGACACUCCCCGUCGUCAUUGUGCUUGCUCUUCUUGCUCAGGUCUGGGGCAGGACAUCUGCCCCUGGCAUCUGCUCUGAAUACCAAAAGCUACUCCACUGGUGCCUGGGCCAGGGGUUGGCACAGGUGCCUGGCAGGCACCCCUUUCCUGCUGCAGCCUGAGGUCCAAAUGGUCUUGAAUGUGGGAUGGAGAAGGGUUUGUCAAUUUGGGACCUGCUGUCUCUCCUCUGUCCUUCCUGGUCAUAGCUGCUUGGCAGAGUGGGAUUUUGUUAGAUUUCUAUGGAUGUUCUCUCUGAAAUGAAAUAAAUACUGGCCUAUUUCACUGACUUCAUUUGGGAAAGAUGGUUUGGCACUUAGGUUCAUAAACAGAAGUCAUGUGAGCAGCUCAUUUACCAUACCUGCAGCCACAGGUAGGCACUCUGCCUGGCUGCUCUUCUCCUGGCAGGAUUGGGGCCAAUUUACAGGCCCCAGCUCUGCUGCUGAAGGGGACAUUCAAAACUACAUCCUGAGGGUUUAGGGUGCAGUGACGAGGCAGGGCUGCCCCACAGAGGUGCUUCCUGGACAUGUGAAGUGGAUGGCAUUCCCCUGAGGUGGCAGGAAGGUCCUCAGGACAAAACAUCCAAGGACAAGAAAGAGGUUGGAGCAGGAGGUCACUACUGCUCAUAUCAUGGCCCAGAGAAAGACUGAGUUCCACUACAAAGCCCAGCCUACCACCCCAAUGGGAACGCCCAGUGUACUCUUGUGCCACACUAAAAUGAAGAUUCCUUCUUUUGCUGGGUGAGCCUUGGGGAUUUGUUAGCUUCUUUUUAUGCAGACUGGUAGGUGGUUGGGCUGCUCAGUAUUGUAGCAGAGUUAAGAGGGCUGUGGCUUUUAGGCAGCCUCUUCUCUGCAGGGAGAACUUCCACUUAAAGCUCUUAUUCAUUCUUUGCACCUGCCUCUUUUAUCAACUAUGAAAGUGUGGGGAGACACUGGGGCCCAGGACAAGUGCAGGUGACCUCUGCCCUUGGGUCAAGCAGCCGGACGCUGGCACAUGAGACCUCAAGGUCCCUACGAGCCAGCAACAUCCUCAGGUCAUGACCUUUGGGUUAUAGUUGCCCAGAGGCUGCCAGGGACACCUGGAGAGAGUGCCAAGGCCUCUCGUCCUCGCUCCUUUCCCACUUGAAGAGUCAGGGGAGAAUCAGUGGAGGCCUGCUUUUUACUCUUUACCUGGGGAUCUGUUCCUGGAUUAGUCCGAACAGUGGCCCAAGAGAGUGGGGACAGCGUCUGAAUGGCUGGACACACCCAUCCAUCCCUCUGUGGGUUUUCUUCCCCACAGUUAUAGCACUUACCCAAAUGUCUAGCACUAUCCCAUUCCCUUGUGGGUUGGCUGCGUUGGGAGGAGCCCUGUGGCUUGAAGGUAGAUUCUUUGCUUUUGCUAUCUUCUCUGGCUAUGGAUUCAAACUGCCUGUAGCCUCUGAAUGUCUGAGUUAGCUGGUCCAGAUUUUUUUUAUAGUCAGUAAAAAUAGGUUUUAAAAUCAAACAUUUUAAGUUUGGUCCUUCUCUCUCUUCUUUGCUAACUCCACGGGAGGCAUUUUUGGAUUCCUAAUAUAGCUUAACUUACAUGGUUUGGUUCCUGUUGCAGGAAAAAGUGGCAGAGAGGGGAGGAGAGACAAUUGCCUGGGUCUUCCCUUAGACUCAGCAUGGGAGGGAAGGGUUAAAGCCAAUUUGGAGAUUGUUUUUUCUUACCUGAAUGAUAAUUCGCCUGUAAAAAUAAUUGGAUGGGGGGGUGGGUGUUGUUCGGGGUGUGUGUGUGUGUGUGUGUGUGUGUGUGUGUGUGUGUAUGUGUGUGUGGUUUUUUUUUUUUUUUUUACAGUGGCUGUCUAAAGUAUUUUCACAAUACGUUUAAUAAUCAGUGCUUUAAAAAGCAGUGGUAUCCUGUAAAGUGGGAAUUCCAGUUCUUGAGCUUGGGAUGUGUCCCACAUCCAUGGGGGAAAGGUCCCCAUGGGCAGAAGCGCUGGAGUCAGGAGAGCCCUCGGACCCACGUCUGGAGUAGCUUGCCUGGGUUUUCAUUUCAAAUGGGAUACAGUAUUUUUUUAUUACGGAGCCAUACUUUUUUUUUUAAAAGUUUGAGAUCUGAAUGUGAUUUCUAAUUGUACCAGACGUUAAUGUUUUAAAACUAUAACAAAGUUUAAAAUUUCUACUUUUUGUUUUCAUUUACUUUAACUGUUCUUCUAUCUAUUAAAUUGUUGUAUGUGGAUGGGGAAGUUUUGUUUCUCCUCUUAGCAUUUGUUUCUAUAACCAGAAAUAAAAUUAUAUAUUAAAGAAAUGACCCCAA